UUGGAGGAGAUCUUUUUCGGAGCUGGAGAGGAGAGGUCGUGCGUAUCUCUCUCCUGCAGCAGCAGGCGCCGAUUCUCUCUCUGCCGCCUCCAGCUCUUCUCCGCCGCGGAUAUGGGGACUACAGGACUCGCUGGGAUUACUCCUAGGGUCGCCUGGCUUUUUCUUCUCCUGGGCUUUGCUGGGACAGCCGCGGAAGAGGCGUGCGACAGCCCUUUGGUGUCCAACCUGCUGCCUUCAUCCUUCAGAAGCUCCUCCCAGCUGUCCAGCAGUCACGCACCGGGAUUCGCCAAACUCAACCGGAGAGAAGGAGCUGGAGGCUGGUCGCCCAUCGUCUCGGACAGGUACCAGUGGCUGGAGGUGGACCUGGGCGAGCGGACCAAGAUUACAGCUGUGGCGACGCAGGGCCGCUACGGCAGCUCUGAUUGGUUGAAAUCUUACCAGCUGAUGUUCAGCGACUUGGGACACAACUGGAAGCAGUACAGACAGGAGGACAGUAUAGGGUUUUUUCCAGGGAACACUAAUGCAGACAGCGUGGUUCAGUACAAACUGCAGCAGCCCGUCGUGGCUCGCUUCCUCCGCCUCAUUCCUCUCGACUGGAAUCCCUCCGGGCGGAUCGGACUGCGCCUGGAGACUUACGGAUGUCCUUACCCCUCUGAUGUGGUGAGUUUGGACGGCAGCAGCAGACUGGUGUACAGACUGGAUCCUGGACCGAGGCGAACUCAGAGGGACGUCGUCACACUGAAGGUUAAAACCUUAAGAAACGCCGGGACGCUGCUGCAGGCGGAGGGAAGGGAAGGACUCAGCCUGAGUCUGGAGUUAGAGAGAGGAAAGUUGCUGCUGCUCUUCAGACAAGGUAGGGCUUCAUCGGCUGAACCUCGACGUAUUGCAUCUCUUGCAAGCCUUUUAGAUGAUCAGCAUUGGCACUAUGUGGCAAUGGAGCUACACGGACUUCAACUCAACCUGACUGUGGACAAGCACACAUUGAGGGUUAAAAUCCCCACAGAGUUCCACCACCUCGACAUACACGAGCUGAGUGUGGGAGCAGUUCAGGGUCUCAGGUCUCACAAACUCCUUCACUCCAAGAGGAACUUUCAUGGCUGCCUGGAAAACUUGGUGUUCAACGGUCUCAACCUGAUAGAACUCGCUAAAUCUGGGGACCAGAGAGUUACUCUUGUGGGCAAUGUGACCUUUUCUUGUGCGGAGCCAGUUUCUGUCGCCGUGACGUUCCCCGGCCCCCAGAGCUUCCUCCAGUUGCCGUGGACAGCUUCAUCCUCUUCGGGGAGCGCAUCCAUUGGCUUUCAGUUCAGGACGUGGAACAAGGCGGGGCUUUUGCUCACUUUUGAUCUCCCUCGGCAAGGGGGCGUGGCCCGGUUGUUCCUGAGUGAGGCGAGACUGCGCCUGCAGGUCCAGAAAGGAGGGAGGGUGCUGCUGGAGCUCAGCGCAGGUUCUGCACUGAGCGACGGCCAAUGGCAUUCAGUGGAGCUGAACUCCCGACGAAGCCAUCUGACCGUCUCUGUGGAUAAAGAUGAAGGAGGCAGCGCUCAGACCAGCCUGUCGUUUCCUGUCACAGUAGAAAGUCACGUCUUCUUUGGUGGAUGUCCUGCUGGGGAGACUCAAGGGUGUAGACACCACUUUAAUGCCUUCCAGGGCUGCAUGCGUUUACUCAGUCUGGACAACAGGACCGUGGACCUGAUCGCGGUGCAACAAAAGCAGUUGGGGAAUUACAGCAACCUGCAGAUUGACAUGUGUGGAAUUAUCGACAGGUGCUCUCCGAGCCGCUGCGAGCACGGCGGCCUCUGCAGUCAGACCUGGACCGUCUUCCACUGCAACUGCUCCGGCAGCGGCUACAGCGGCGCCACCUGCCACAGCGCUGUGUACGAACAGUCCUGUGAAGCGUACAAACACAGCGGCAACACGUCGGGAUAUUUUUACAUCGACGUGGACGGCAGCGGACCCAUCAAGCCACAGCUGGUCUACUGCAACAUGACCGAGAGCAACACAUGGAUGAUUGUCCAGCACAACAACACGGAGCUGAGCAGAGUCCGCCCGGCUCCGGGUGUCGACCGCCACUCGGCCCACUUUAGUUACCCGUCUGAAGAGGAGCAGCUUUUAGGUUCUAUCAGCCAAUCAGAGCACUGUGAACAGGAACUGUCCUACCACUGCAAGAAAUCCCGCCUUCUCAACACCCCAGAGGGGUCUCCGUUCAGCUGGUGGCUCGGUGGCCCCGCCCCCGGCCGUGUGCAGACUUACUGGGGCGGAGCUCAUCCAGGCAGCCAGCAGUGUGCCUGUGGCCUGCAGGGCGACUGCGUGGACCCGCAGCACUACUGCAAUUGUGACGCAGACAGCUUGGAGUGGACUGAGGACUCAGGCCUGGUUACCCAUAAGGAAAGCCUCCCGGUCAGAUCUCUGGUACUGGGUGACAUCCAGAGGCCAGGCUCAGAGGCUAUGUACAGAGUGGGACCCCUCCGAUGCUACGGAGACAAGAACUUCUGGAACGCAGCAUUUUUUGACAAGGAGACGUCGUACCUCCACUUCCCCACCUUCCACGGAGAGCUGAGUGCCGACAUCUCCUUCCUCUUUAAGACCACGGCUUCCUCUGGAGUAUUCCUGGAAAAUCUUGGCAUCAAAGACUUCAUCCGAAUCGAACUGAGCAUGUCUACUCGAGUGGUUUUCUCCUUUGACGUUGGUAACGGCCCGCUGGAAGUACAAGUAGAGUCGACAGUCCCAUUGAAUGACAACCGCUGGCAUCGAGUCAGAGCCGAGCGCAACAUAAAGGAGGCAUCCCUUCGAUUGGAUAACCUGCCAGUGGCCACGCAGGAGGCUCCUGCUGAUGGACACGUCCACCUGCAGCUCAACAGCCAGCUGUUCAUCGGAGGCACCGCGUCCAGGCAGAGGGGUUUCCGAGGCUGUAUCCGCUCUCUGCAGCUGAACGGCAUCACUCUGGACCUGGAGGAAAGGGCCAAGAUCACGCCCGGGGUUCGUCCCGGCUGCCCGGGUCACUGCAGCAGCUACGGCUCGCUGUGCCAGAACCAGGGCCGCUGUGUGGAGAGAGCCAGGGGCUUUCACUGUGACUGCAGCCAGUCGGCUUACACUGGAGUCUUCUGUCACACAGAGCUGUCGGCCAACUUCAAGUCUGGAACGUCUGUCAUCUACACCUUCAAGGAGCCCUACGAGUUGAGCAGAAACCGCAGCGCUCUGCCGUCCUCCAUCUACUCCGACACCACGCUCAGAGGGGAGAACGUCUCCAUAGGUUUUAGGACGGCGCAGAGUCCUGCUCUGCUGCUUUACGUCAGCUCCUACUACAGAGAGUACAUGGCCGUGCUCAUCAACAAGCACGAUAAACUCGAGGUGAGAUACAAGCUGGAAGGCAGCCGAGACGCGGAAGUGUUGAGGAGCAGCAGCGUGGGGGGUCUGGCCAACGGACAGCUGCACAGCAUUACCAUCAGGAGACUGGCACACGCCGUGUCGGUGCAGGUUGAUCAGAAUGCAGAAGAAGACUUCAACCUCUCAUCUGAUGGAGAGUUUAAUGCCAUUAAGUCGCUGGUGUUGGGGAGAGUGCAUGAGUCUGAUGACUUGGAUCCCCACUUAGCCAGGCUGGCAUCUCUCGGUUUCACCGGCUGCCUGUCAGUAGUUCGGUUUAACUCCAUCAACCCUCUGAAAGCCGCUCUGCUCCAUCCGGACACCAGCCCCGUCAUCAUCACCGGACCUUUGGUUCAGUCCAGCUGCGGCUCUGCAGCGUCGGCCAAUCCCUACGCCGCUGAAAACAAACACCACAUAUCAGACCGGUCCGGCUCAGUGGGCUCUGGUCAACCUUUAGUCAAUGCCAUCAGGACCGACUCGGCUCUGGUUGGAGGUGUCAUAGCCGUCGUCAUCUUUGUGGUCCUUGCCGGCUUGGCCGUCACGGCGCGAUACCUGUACCGGAGGAAGGACACGAGUCGAAGCCAGGAGAGGAGCGCCGUCAAGCGAGACGACAGUCCAGACUUUCCUUUCAACAACCAGACGGACCCCCAGAACCUGUCCACUGAAAACCCAAAGGAGUACUUCAUCUAGCAGGAGCUGCUGGUGUUUCAGUGCUGGGGUUGCAGGCAGGGGGGCGUCCUGCGGCCCCUCAGGACUUCUCUACUCCCAGACACUUUGUCCCCGUAGGUGGUUCCACAGCGAGGCGAAGGCUAAAGCAAACAGUUUGGUGUUGUGUUUCUGUUGCUUCACUGUAAAUUGUGGAUAUUCUGGUGCAAACAGGCAACAGUGUUUGACUUCAAGGUGGUAAUAUGCACUUUUUCAUCGACCGGAGAUUUGAAAUUGUGUCUUGGCAACAAGUUUUGGCUAAUGUUACUCUUUUUUUUUUCUUUUUUUUUUUCAAUGUUCAAGUUGUUAAUCUUCUCGUGAGAGGGAUAAGAUGUGAAGCUCUGCCCUCUGGUGGCAGCGUUGUGAAGAGGAUUUCCGGAUCAAGGGAUUUCUCAAAAUAUUCGUUAAUGUUUUGGUUUUCUCCCAUUUUCAGGUGUAUAUUUAAUGUCCUUGGUGCAUAUUUUAUUUACAAAUGACAAACCUUCUUAUACCAUGUGAUGAAAAGCACACGUUUUGUACACUAUAAAGGCUCAGUUAGUAAUGUUGAUAAUCAUUAAAUCAAAGGACAAUGUAAAAAAAUUUACCAUGGAGUUUGUGGAGCAUUUAGAUUCAUCUUAGUUGCUUUCAGUAGCAACUCUAUAACCAUAUUUUGUGGUGCCAACUGAGACAAAAAGGCUUCUCAGCUUUGAGCCAGAGAUUUUCCUCAGGAGUCUGGAGAUCAACAUCUGCUCUAAACAAGGCAGAUGGUUGAUUUUUGCCAAUUCAAACAACUUUUGGCAAAUAAUAGCCCCACACCAGAGCUGUUUGACAUGUAAAAUACGGUCAGCAGUUGUGACCAUGGACACAGCUCAGGUGGUAAAGACUGUGGUUAGAUGCAGUAACCAUAGCUUGCUCAAAAAGCAGAAAAAGCAAAUGGUGUGUCUUUGCAGGAGGCUGAAUCCAAAGCUUUUAUCAAUUGCAAUUUCCUCCCAGCGCUGAAAACUGCUGUAUAGAAAGUCCGGAGUAAACACAGGUAAAAAAAAAA